UAAAAAAUGGGUGACUGGAGUUUCUUGGGGAACAUUUUAGAGCAGGUGAACGAGCAAUCCACGGUCAUCGGGAGAGUUUGGCUCACAGUGCUCUUCAUUUUCCGCAUCCUGAUCCUGGGAACAGCUGCUGAACUAGUGUGGGGAGACGAACAGUCAGACUUUGUGUGCAACACCCAGCAACCUGGUUGUGAGAAUGUCUGCUAUGAUGAGGCCUUUCCUAUCUCCCACAUCCGGCUCUGGGUCCUGCAGAUCAUUUUUGUAUCCACACCUUCCCUAGUGUACUUUGGACAUGCGGUGCACCAUGUCCGCAUGGAGGAGAAGAGAAAAGAGAAGGAGGAAGCUGAGAGGCGUCAGCAAGCUGAGGUGGAUGAAGAGAAGUUGCCCCUGGCUCCAAAUCAAAACAAAGGCAACAACCCCGAUGCAGCCAAGAAGUUUCGCCUGGAGGGGACCCUCCUGAGAACCUACAUCUUCCACAUCAUUUUCAAAACUCUCUUUGAGGUGGGGUUCAUAGUAGGCCAGUACUUUCUGUAUGGCUUCCGAAUUCUCCCCCUCUACCGCUGUGGGCGGUGGCCCUGCCCCAAUCUUGUGGACUGCUUUGUCUCCAGGCCUACAGAGAAGACCAUCUUUAUUAUGUUCAUGCUGGUGGUGGCUGCUGUGUCCCUUUUCCUCAACCUGGUGGAGAUAAGUCACUUGAUCCUAAAAAGGAUUCGGAGAGCUCUAAGAAGGCCAGCAGAGGAGCAGCUGAGGGAGGUCCCAGAGAAGCCCCUCCCUGCCAUCACAGUUCCCUCCAUCCCGAAGACCAAAGGCUACAAGCUGUUGGAGGAGGAGAAGCCAGUGCCCCACUAUUUCCCUCUCACAGAAGUGGGAGUAGAGCCCAGUCCCCUUCCAUCGGCCUUCAAUGAGUUUGAGGAGAAGAUCGGGAUGGGGCCAUUGGAAGACCUCUCCAGGGCAUUUGAUGAAAGGCUACCAUCAUACGCACAAGCAAAGGAACCGGAAGAGGAGAAGGUAAGAGCAGAGGAAGAGGAAGAACAGGAGGAAGAGCAGCCAGCACCUCAGGAAGAGCCAGUGGUGAAGAAAGCAGAGGAGGAGGCGGUAGGCGAUGAAGUGGAAGGGCCUUCAGCACCUGCUGAACUUGCCACUGAUAUGAGACCUCUCAGCCGGCUAAGUAAAGCCAGCAGCCGGGCCAGGUCAGACGAUUUGACUGUAUGAGGCUGCAGGAUAUGGGGAGCACAUGAAAAGGAAAAGGAGGAAAAGAAAAGGAGAGGUAGAGAAAGAACCAAAAGAUGUUUUUAAGCAAAGUGCUAAAAUGGUCAUUUGAAUAUUAUUUCCUCUUGAGAUUCUCAGCUGAAAAGGUACUAUUAUGGUAACUGUGCCCUAUUUGCCCUGUAAGUCCACUUGAAAAGAAAUGUUUUCCCUAUUUCCACAAGCCAGCUCACUCCUUACAGUAAUAGCUACAUUGUACAUGUAACUGAUGUGUCUUUAUUUUAAAAACUAAAGCAGCAGUGAAACCCAGAUGCCACCACUGUGAACAUAUUUUCUGGAAGUUUUAUGUUCCAUGUUUCCCUAGGGAUGUGGGGAGGAUUUGACUCUUGAGCCAGCUAGGGGGAAGACUGAUAGACAACUGUGUCUGGUAUUUCUUUUUCUGUUUUCACCUAUGGCAUGUUGAGCAGAUCUUCCCUUCAUGCUGGCAUGGAAUUGCAGUUAUUUAAUUCACAAAGCAAAUUGUGUGUUUAGCGUUACCACACUAAAAUAAUGAGCAUUUUUUGCCCUCUCUAUCCAGAAAAUAAAGGGCAAAAAUGUCCCCAGCUUGGGUCAGGUAUCUUCCUUUUGUCAAAAAUAUUUCUGAUCUUCAAGUGACAUUGACAGUGGGCAAGAUUAACAGUAGUGCUCUCACAGGAUUUAGCAGAUGCCCACAGAUGGAUUAUUUGUCACAGAAGGGUCAUCCAGCCCCGUGCCUGCUUCCCAGCACUGGAAAGAAUAAAUCCAAGUGAUAUUUUUUUACUGAUAGUCAUGUGACUUAAAGAUCUGGAACUUGAUUUACCAAAGUAAACUCGGGAAGGCUUCUCUGAGAGGAGGAACAGCCCCAGCCUCCAGGGCAUGAAAGUGAAUAAAAGCCUUCAGGGAAUGAACCUGACAGGUGCUCAGUUCCUGGUGCUCCCUGAGUUAUGGGCACUCAGCAAAUCUCAGGCACAGAGUCCUGAGGGCACCUGUGAACCUAAACCACAGGUCUGGAUAACUAUGUGACUGUUUAAACCUCUAAAUAAAAAACAGGUUUUCCAAGUUUGAAAAGCCUAAUAUGAUAAUAGUCUUUUCACAUCCUUUGUUUUCAAUCAUCUGACAGGCAGGAGCCAUCCAGUGGUCCACUUUUCUGUUAAGUGCCAAAAGUCUCUAAGGCAUAAAACAAGGCCUUUCACAAGAUCAUUUAGACCUUUUCUGCCAACAGGUCUGUACAGAGUCUCAGAGCCUCAGCAAAGUCACUUUGGU